AUGGCCUCCCGAUCCGUGGGAAAUCAGCGCCCAGCUGCCCUCCUGGAUGCGGAGGUGCUUUUUGGCAGAUUAUUUUUAAACCUAGCUCGGUCACGCAGCUCAGGUUACCGCAGGCGCUUUGAUGAUGGUCUGUUCGUGUACGAUUGCAUCAAUGCAGAGAAGAAGACCGUAGGGAAUAAAGGACAGGAUGGACAGCCAGCAGAUAAAGGAAGUGAUGACAUCUUAGCUUUUGCCUUCUCCUUAUCCGGAAAUUAUUUUGCCUUGACAGAUGACAACAAACGUCUGAUUCUGUUCCAUACUACACCUUCAUGGGAAUGUGUUAGUGUCAGGUUCCAGGCACUGCCGUCUUUCGCAGCACUGAGUCCUGAUGACCGGUAUAUCCUAACGGCUGACAGAGAUGAGAAGAUCAGGGUCAGUUUGGCUAAAGCUCCUCAUAACAUUGUAUCCUACUGUCUAGGACACAAAGAGUUUGUAAGCAAAAUAUUUGUAAUACCCAACUAUCCAGAUUUGCUGUUGUCAGCUUCUGGGGACAGUACUGUGCGCCUGUGGGAGUACAAGAUUGGGAAGGAGGUGUUCUGCUGUGAUCUAAGCAGCCUCCGGGAGCCUGAGGCAACCCAAACCAACCAGAGAUACACUGUGUCAAGAAUAGCCUACUGCUGUCGAGGUGGUUAUGUUGCCGUUAUAUGUGACUGUAUUCCCACAGUCUACAUCUUUCAGCUUGAUGCCAUUGCCCAGCAGCUAGUUUACAGACGUCAAAUCUCCCUGGAGCAUAAAGGCUGGGACGUUGCUUUUGAGGAAACAGGAGAUCUCUGGAUUUUGCAGGAAAGCAAGGAAGCCCCUCUUUUGUUGCACAGGCCAGAGGAUGGACAGUGGAAGCCUGUAACUGAUGACAAAGGAUUGCAGAAGAUGUCAAAAUAUCUUCAUGACAACUGGACAAUGUUUGAAGGUUUUGUUGGUGCAGAGAGUCACUACAGCAGUCUCUACAAGGCUUCUUUUGAUAACAUGGCCACCUAUCUGCAGAGGAAAGAGGAAAGGUUGCAGCAGCAAAAAAAAAGAAAGGAUCUGCAACAUGGUUCUAAUGGACAAGCAAAAAAGAUUAAAACUGAAGAACCGUCACUAUGAUGCUAC